AGAAAUAGAGGAGGGUGGGUCCGAAUCUGGUGUGUGCAGGACUAUAUCAACAAGAAAAGUCUUCGCGUAACGCUACUGCAUUUACAAUCAUAUUACGCAGAGAGAGAGAGAGAGAAAGAUACGAAGAAAACGAAAACACAAAGCAAUUCGUCGUUUGAUCUGUUUCCAUGUCGCCAACGAAUCUCUUCUAACCGUUUGGAUUCCGAUCUCCGUGCUGACUACUCAGACUGCCAUAGGAUAGUAUAGGAUAUUAGGAUCACUGUUCAUCAACCGCCAUGGCAGCAGCACCGGCAAGAGCUCGUGCCGAUUACGAUUACCUCAUCAAGCUUCUUCUUAUCGGCGACAGUGGUGUGGGGAAGAGUUGUCUUCUUUUGAGAUUUUCCGAUGGUUCCUUCACAACCAGUUUUAUCACCACCAUUGGAAUUGAUUUCAAGAUAAGAACCAUUGAACUUGAUGGCAAACGCAUUAAGUUACAAAUCUGGGAUACAGCUGGUCAGGAGAGAUUCCGAACUAUUACUACAGCUUAUUACCGUGGAGCCAUGGGUAUCUUGCUGGUUUAUGAUGUUACUGAUGAAGCAUCUUUCAACAAUAUUAGGAAUUGGAUUCGCAAUAUUGAACAACAUGCUUCUGACAAUGUAAACAAGAUACUUGUGGGAAACAAGGCUGAUAUGGAUGAAAGUAAAAGGGCUGUACCUACCGCCAAAGGUCAAGCUCUUGCUGAUGAAUAUGGUAUCAAGUUCUUUGAGACUAGUGCAAAAACGAACAUGAAUGUGGAGGAAGUUUUCUUUUCAAUAGCAAGAGACAUCAAGCAAAGGCUUGCAGACACAGAUUCUAGAGCCGAGCCCCAGACUAUCAAGAUUAACCAACAAGAUUCGGCAGCCGAUGGUGGUCAAGCUGCACAAAAAUCAGCUUGCUGCGGUUAACGAAAAGAAUCAGUAUCUGCAUUAAGUCAGUGCAGGUUCUACAGUAGCGCUCAGUUGGGUGCUAAUGUUAUUCUGAUGAUGACAAUAUAAGUGGGAGCGUGUAUUUGUCCCUAUGUAUCUCCCUACUACAGAUGUCGUGUCUUAAAAUUUAUAUUUUAAACUAUUUUUUUUCUCAUUUAGUUGGUGGAACUUGUGCGGGCUUGUUUUGAUUGUUUCAAUUUCCUCUUUCAUAUAUGUAGUCUGACCCUUAAAAAUAUAUCUUGAUGGAUAGAUUAUCGCAACCCUCCACUUGCAAACUA